GACAACUGAAUCAUGGGAGUGAAACCGGUUUGCCCAACUAGUGUGCAGGUUGUGACGGGACGGGGUAAAAGUGAUAGCUUUUAAAGAAGAACACGGGCUUAGCAGCCAUUUUUUAGGCUGCUGUGAAAGGAUGGUUUAGUACUCUGUGACUCAACUGUGCUCAUGGCUGCACUGUCUUCUCCAGAAGUGAAGCUGAUACUCUUCAUGGUGUUGUUCUUGAUGAUCAGUGCUGAUGCAAAAGAGAAGGGGUUAAAAACACUGAAAAGAGCAAAAAGAGAAUGGAUCCUUCCUCCUGCCAAGCUGAAGGAGAACCAUAACUACACCCAUCUGGAAUACAUUGCAAAGAUUCGCUCUGACAAAGAUAAACAGUGGAAGGUGGAAUACUCCCUGACAGGAGCAGGAGCUGACAAACCCCCUUUCAAUCUGUUUGUGGUGGAUCACAACACAGGAUUUAUACGAGUAACUGAUAUUCUGGACAGGGAAAAAUAUCCUUCAUACAAUCUAACAGGCAUUGCUAAAUUCAAGGAUGGACAUUCAGCUGAGGAAAAUAUUCCCCUGACUGUUACUGUACUGGAUGAAAAUGAUAAUCCUCCUUAUUUUGUUCUCCACAAAGGCAAUGUCACAGAGGCAAGCAAAGAAGAAACAUUUGUUAUGCAAAUCGAAGGUAAGGAUGAUGAUCAGGCUGGAACAAUAAAUUCAGAGAUCGUCUACACCAUUAUCAGUCAAGAACCAGCUGGCAAAGGUCACAUGUUCUCUAUAGACAAAAAGACAGGAAAAUUAUUUGUUAAAGAGUCCACCCUGGACAGAGAGACACAUGACUCCUACAAGCUUAUUGUUAAAGGAACUGAUAUGGGAGGUGCACCGUCAGGGAAAACAGGGACAGGAACUGUGGAAAUCAAAGUCACGGAUAUCAAUGACAACAUCCCCACUCUAGAAAAAUCAGAGUACGCCGGCUCUGUGGAUGAAAAUGUUGCUGAUGUAGUUGUGAUGAGAAUCAAAGCUUUGGACAAAGACCUUCAACACACAAACAACUGGCUGACUGUAUUUACCAUUGCCCAAGGAAAUGAGGAUAACCUGUUUUCCAUUGAAACAGACAAAGAAACCAACGAGGGCAUCCUAAAGCUGAUCAAGCCAGUGGAUUUUGAAGAUGUACAGAAUCUUGAGCUGGGUCUUAUCAUUGAAAAUGUAGCUCCUUUUGUAGAAGGUGGCCCAAUAAAUAUGGAUGUGGGUGUUCAGGUUGGAGAGGGGGGUCCUUUGGCUGCUGGAGCAGCUGCUGGAGCCGGAGCCGGAGCUGGAGCUGGAGCUGGAGCUGGUGUGGAUUUAGGAAUAGACCUGGGGCUAGAUGUGGGCUUGGAUGCUGAUCUGGGGGUAGAUGCAGGACUAGAUGCAGGACUAGAUGCAGGACUGGAUGCAGGACUGGAUGCAGGACUGGAUGCAGGACUGGAUGCAGGACUGGAUGCAGGUCUGGAUGCAGGACUUAAGCCACAGGGAGGAGCUGGGCCUGGAGUUGGACUUAAGCCUGCUGUUGGACCUGGAGUUGGUGUGGGGCUUAAGCCAGGCAUUAAGCCAGGUCUUAAGCCAGGGCAAGGACCAGGAUCCAAGCCUAAGCCAAAAGCACCAGGAAAAAGCUAUCCUAUAAAAAUAGCUGUAAAUAAUGUGCCAGAGGGUCCAGCAUUUAGACCUGACACCAAGAAAGUACCUGUAUCUGAGGAUCCAAAUGAGGCACCAACAGAUGGUGUGAUUACUUCGUUCCCAGCAGUUGAUCCAGAUACUGGAAAAGUAGCUGAUGACGUAAGCUAUGCCAAAGCUUAUGAUCCAGACAACUGGUUUACUGUUGAUGAAGAGACAGCGGAAAUUAAACUCAACAAACAACCAGACAGAGAGUCACCCUUCUUAGUGAAUGGUACCUAUAUUGCCAAAAUUUUGGCAAUAUCAAAAGACAUGCCAGCAAAGACAGCCACUGGAACAAUAGCCAUUCAAGUCACUGACUCCAAUGACCACUGUCCCACUUUGACCACUACUUACAACAGUCUAUGCUCUGAUGAGAAGACUGUGUAUGUUAGUGCAUUUGAUGAAGAUGUCAGUCCAAAUGCUGCUCCAUUCACUUUUCAAAUUAUACCAGAAGGUACUCGAGGCAACUGGGAAAUAGAAGUCAUCAAUGAUACAACAGCUGCUCUUCAUUCAGCCAAAGCACUGUGGCCUGGCAGAUAUGAACUGCAAGUAGAGGUGAAAGAUGCUCAGGGUCUGUCCUGCGAAGAGGAACAGGUGUUUACUGUGGAUGUCUGCACUUGUGUGGGAAAAGAAGACUGCAGAUUAAAGGCAUCUAGGGGAGACGCCCGUUCAUCUGACUUUUCUAGACGUGCCAUUGGUCCAGUCGUAACAGCUAUGUUCUUAUUGAUGUUGAUCCCUCUGCUGCUGGUGUUUUGUCAGUGUGGAGGGGCAAACACCAUCUUCUCAGACCAGUUUAGUGAUCUGCCAUUUGACACUAAAGAGCACCUAAUAAACUAUCAAACUGAAUGCAUAGGAGAGGAUAAGGAUGUUCCUGUUCAUUUGGUGCCUGUCAUGUACGGUACCCAACAAAAAACUGAGGCAGCACCAGGACCAAAUUUCAAUACUGGUACUUCAGCAGCAUUCACAGAAACACUUAAGACUGAAACCUGCUAUGAAUCGGACCAAAUAUUUCAGCCGACCUCCACAAAGAUGGUGAACGCUGACAUAGACUAUAGGGAUUCAACUGAGUUUUACAAUCCAAGCAAUGAAAUUGACUCAUUCAGCCGAAAAACACAAAGCGUUCAUCAAAUAGGUUGCUUUGAAGACAUAGCCCUUCCUGAUGUUUUUCUCAAUGAUUACUUCUCCCAGAAAUCUACAAUUACAGUGCCAUCUGAAGACAUCCUUUUGGAAUAUGACUUUGAGGGCCAGGGCUCCUCUGCUGGUUCGGUGGGGAGCUGCAGCAUCUUAGAACCUGACAAUGACCUGAACUUUCUCACUGACCUUGGACCAAAGUUCAGGACACUUGCUGAGAUCUGUUCGCCUCCUACAAUAACAUCAAAAACAAUGGUGAUACAAAAGGCAUCAGGAUCUGUCAAAACCACCACUGAUAUCACUGAGCCCGUCUUUAAACCUAAAUUUAACCAUGAAAUUCAGGCAAAGCAUGUUGAUGUUAAAGCUGAAAAGAUAGUAUCAUCUGCAAAGUUUGUUCAAUCUCAUGUCAGUACACCAACCAAAGAGUCAACAACCAAACAGUCGACAACCACACCUCUCCCUCACUCCAGUAGUACUAACAUUAGUCAUUCUGCUAAACUUUCUUACCCAGCUCAGACAGUUGUAUUACAGCAGCCACCAGUUUACUACACUGCUAGCCCUGUACUACAACCAAUGCAUUACAUAGUUCAACCAAAUGUACAGAACACAUUUGUGCUGGAGGAUGGAACCCAUGCAAACACGUUUCCAGGCCUCUAUGUUAUCAAUGAUCCAAAGAGUACAUCUGGAUUGGUUUAUGGAAGAACUCAAAGCUCCCUUUCAGGGCUUGUUAUCCAGGACACUGAGGGCCCUAGAAGUCCUAUAAGUCCUGUUAGCCCCACAGGUUCACUCCAAACCACUGUGUUGCUGCCUAGUCCAACUUUCUCCCAGGGUUCUUUGGAAGGCUCUACAUUAUAUGGGCAAAAUCUUGGUGGAAAUUACGUGUUACUCAAGGAAGAGGUACAGGAGUGGGGCCCAGGUUCACCUCAAGGUAUUUUGCCUGGAGAUGCUAUCCUGGUAAAAAAGGCUGCUCCCCCUCAGGGGGUUUUAGACUUGGCAGCCCAGGAGAAAGUGUUUAUUUGUUCAUUUUGUAAUUUUUUUGUUAAGAAGGCUAAUGGUGGUGGUGGUGUUAUUGUGAAAGGGGGGAUAAGCUUUGGGUCUUUCAGUAUUUUGAAAUUUCUCACUAAGCAGCAAACAAUGUGGAUUUGGUUGUGUAAAGUAAGAGUUGAUGAAUUAAAUUUUAACAUUUUCCAAAGAAGCUGUCAGCUUAACCAAGCAAAUCCUUCCUCUUGUAUCCUAUCAUAUAGGCAAGAACUGUCAAUAGAAGUUCAAAACUAUACCAUUAUUUUUUUAUCCUUAUAAGAGAGACUGCAAAUGCAGAUAAAGAAAUAAUUAAAAAGAAGAAUCUUCAAGAGAUAAUCAUGUUUAAAAUUGCUGCUAAAAAGCUUCUAAACAAAAAGCAUCAGAAAUAUAUUUAGAAUGCAUUUAUAUUUUCAUUAUAUUUUUUUACAUGUUGCAAUUUCAGUUUGUACAUAUUGCAAAUUUAUUAAAUUAAUCUACAAGAAAAAUCUGGCCCCAGAAUGGUGGUGGCAGUCUAGAACUGUAGUAAUGUUUAUGUUCUUAACAUAGAAAAUAGAUUUUUGAUCAUUAAGGUUCUGUCUUCAGAAUUGAUUCAAGCAUUUAAACUGAAGACCUGCUUUACACUCUCACUGUCAAGCAGCACUCUAAUAGUUUAAAUAUUUAAAUUUAAACUAUCAGGUAUGUGCAUGGUGUACUUUUUGUUUCUCUCAAUCAAGGAGAUGGGCUAUUUAAGCUGUGGAGUCUGUGUUCUUCCUUUGAGUGCUUCAAACCAUUUUCAUCUUGACCAUGGCCAAAUGAAUUUGGAGCAGGGUCUUCUUGGCUUUUGCCCGAAGAAAAAGAUAGUUCUUUUUCACAGAUAGAAGAACCAUCUGUGAAAAAAAUUCUCAGAAUUAUGGCAGUCACCUGAAAUCACUGGGCAAGCACAUAAUCUGACUAAAGCAAGUACAGCAGUACUGGUCCAGGUGGUGAUUUGUACCCUGUUUGGAAUUUAAAUUUUACUGAUCUAUUAUUAUGUGGACUUGGACCUGCUUCAUGUUUCUUAAUGCUAUUUUCUGCAGAUGACAAAUCUUAGCUGUAGUGUGCACUGUCCUAUGCUGUCUGACGUUUAUUUGCGUUAAAUUAGGCUCAUUGGAAAUUAACAUGAGACAGAGUGGUGUAUGAAAUGUUUGUCACAACUAUAGUUUUUUCCCAAUAAACAAUUACUUUUGA